UGGGUGCUGUCCGGCUGUCAGUGCACUGCAGACAUAUGAUAUAUAGCAAAAGCCAUUCCUUGUCCUCUGAUAGGCUACUAUCCUGCUGUGAUGUCAUCGUGGCUUGCUUAUAAAAAGGCUGACAGACUCAGCUGCUUCAAAGGGGCAAGUGUGCUUGAGACCUGAAAGUGUUUAUACAUGUGUGGGAACAGAAACAGGGAGCGAGACAGAGCACGCACGUGUGUGUUUGUCUGUGCAUGUCAGUCGCACACUAACUCCUGAAAUUAACAACUCAGCAAAAAAUGAAGAAGAAGUUGCUGGCAGACACUUUAUUAUGAAUCUUUGUGUGGUGGAUUUAAAAGCUUCUGGAGUAUGAAAUCACUGGACUGAAGAAGAGGACAAAGUCUGGAGAUCAUGGGAGGUGUGAGUACUGUGUUAGCACAGACUAACCAUUCACAGCACAGUAACUUCACCCAGGUCUUCAAUUCUUCUAGACCAGAGUACAGUGAUGCAGAACUCGUGCUGCUUGGUGUUGCUAUGGCCAUUCUGGUCCUGGCUAUAGUUUUCGGAAACGUGUUGGUGAUUACCGCCAUCCUGCGGUUUAAGCGGCUGCAGACUGUCACCAAUCUUUUCAUUGCCUCACUGGCUGUUGCUGACCUCAUCAUGGGUGUGGUUGUGGUCCCCUUUGGCUCUAUCUCCAUCCUGCGGGGAGUCUGGCAGUUCGGAAAUUUCAUGUGUGAUUUCUGGACAGCGACCGAUGUGCUGUGCGUGACUGCCAGCAUCGAAACGCUUUGUGUGAUCGCACUGGACCGCUACCUUGCCAUCACCUCGCCGCUCCGCUACCCAACACUGCUCACCAGGGGUCGAGCUGUUGCAGUGGUGCUCGCAGUUUGGGUGGUGGCCUCCCUCAUCUCCUUCCUACCCAUACAUCUGAAGAUGUCGGUGUCACAUGAUCACAUAGCUCUCUUAUGUUUGAAAGAUGAAAACUGCUGUGAGUUCAACACGAACACGGCAUAUGCAGUGACUUCUUCAAUUGUAUCAUUCUACCUGCCACUGGUGGUGAUGAUUUUCCUGUACACCCGCGUGUUCCAGGAGGCUCAGAAACAGCUGGAGAAGAUCCGAGGAAGGGAACGACAUAUGUAUAACUUGCAUUGCGCUUCACAGUUUGCUUAUCCUGAUGAUAGCCCUGCAUUAAAUCAAAGCAGGACAGGAACUGAGGUGGGAGAAGAAGCAGGAGACGAUAGUCUAAAUAUGCAGAACCCAAGUAUGGACACUGGUAAAGAAGAAAAGGGGAAAGAGAGCAGAUUGAGGACAGACAAAAGGGACGGAAAACAUUCCGCCACAAAGCGUCUUAAGUUUUCUCUUAAAGAGCAUAAAGCUGUAAAAACUCUGGGUAUCAUCAUGGGAACUUUCACACUGUGUUGGCUACCAUUCUUCAUCCUCAACAUCCUCAGAGACAUACUCAGCCUGAAAAACAUUGAGGUACCCUUUAGACUCCUCAAUUGGCUUGGAUAUUCCAACUCAGCCUUCAAUCCUCUCAUCUACUGUCGCAGCCCCGAUUUCAGGCACGCCUUCCAGGAGAUACUCCAUUUGAGGAGUAAGGGAAGACAGUGGAGCAUAAGGAGACUAUUGGGACUAUGCAGCGAGAACAGCGGUUAUCCCCCACAAAGGCUGAAUGGGAACUCAGCUCUUACUGAUGUUACAGAACUUGACAUUCAGCAUUCUAGAUGGAAGGGCAGUGUGGAGAGUUCAAUUCAAGGCAGCUCACUGAAUCUGGCUCCUCCAUCUUCUUGCUCUGAGCAAGUUUUAGAUGUAGCUCCAGGAUCCUUGACCAACGGGCAGGCAAACCGUUCAGCCACCUGGAGCUGUAAGGACAGUCUGAGUUCAAUAGCUUGACCAAUUAGAGCAUUAGGAUUCCCAUUGUGUGUGCAGUAAGCACCGAUUUGUUGAAGUUAAUAAUGUUUGUGUUUGAGAGUUGAGUAACUCAACCUUUUUGGUCUUUUAUAAGGCCACGUUGUCAACGUUUUUAUUUAUGAUCCAGGGUCCGAUUUUUCCUCAUAAUGGUGUGAAUCAAGAAGGCAGCUACAUGGGCAAAUUAUAUUCAGCAGUGUCUCCUUUCAAACAGGUAUGAAGUUUGUCUCGAUCAUGAAGGCAUCAUGCUGUAGCUUAUUUAACG